AAACCUAAAGAUUUUUUUGGCUUGUCUCUCCCUCCUAUCCUUUCUCUCUCUUGAGAGAUAUCUCAACCUGCAUUUGCCUCCUUUCUAUGUACUCAACUAAUAUUUCUCUCUUCUAUUUUUCAGAAAACCAAAUUAUCUAAACGUUAACGACAUUCCUGCUAAUCCUUUUUAUUUUAUUCGUUCAAAAAGAACAAAUCCAAACAAAGAAAGAAAUGGGAGCUGCGCCUUUUCCCGCGGGAAUCCUAAUCGCUGCUGUAGUGUUUCAUGCUACGGUGGUUCUGUCUUCUUUUCCGGCCACUUUUCAUCUGGAAAGAGGGAUUACGGCGAACUAUAAACUGAAACUGAGUAAACUUAAAGAGCGAGACAGAGUGAGGCAUGGCAGAAUGUUGCAGUCUUCAGGAGUUGGUGUUGUUGAUUUCCCUGUUCAAGGCACCUUUGAUCCUUUCCUCGUUGGGCUUUAUUAUACAAGACUACAAUUGGGUACUCCUCCAAGAGAUUUCUAUGUACAAAUAGAUACUGGAAGUGAUGUUUUGUGGGUUAGUUGUGGCUCCUGCAAUGGUUGUCCUGUUAACAGUGGACUUCAUAUUCCUCUCAAUUUCUUUGAUCCUGGAAGCUCACCAACAGCUUCGUUGAUAUCUUGUUCAGACCAAAGAUGUAGUCUUGGACUUCAAUCCUCAGAUUCUGUCUGUUCUGCUCAAAAUAAUCUGUGUGGUUACAACUUCCAGUAUGGUGAUGGCAGUGGCACAUCAGGAUAUUAUGUAUCGGAUUUGUUGCACUUUGACACCGUUCUUGGUGGGUCUGUGAUGAAUAAUUCUUCAGCUCCUAUUGUAUUCGGAUGUAGCGCAUUACAGACUGGGGACUUGACAAAGUCAGAUAGAGCAGUUGAUGGGAUAUUUGGGUUUGGACAACAAGACAUGUCUGUUGUCUCUCAACUAGCUUCACAAGGAAUAUCACCAAGAGCGUUUUCUCACUGCCUGAAAGGAGAUGAUUCUGGUGGUGGUAUAUUGGUUCUUGGAGAAAUUGUGGAGCCAAACAUCGUUUAUACCCCACUUGUCCCAUCACAGCCUCAUUAUAAUUUGAAUAUGCAGAGCAUUUCUGUCAAUGGCCAAACUUUAGCCAUUGAUCCAACAGUUUUUGGAACAUCAAGCAGCCAAGGAACUAUAAUUGAUUCUGGAACAACCUUGGCAUAUCUAGCAGAAGCAGCUUAUGAUCCUUUUAUUAGUGCUAUAACAUCUAUUGUUUCACCAUCUGUGCGCCCAUAUCUUUCCAAGGGAAAUCACUGUUAUUUAAUUUCCUCCAGUAUCAAUGACAUAUUUCCUCAAGUGAGUUUGAACUUUGCUGGUGGUGCAUCCAUGAUUUUAAUUCCCCAGGACUACCUUAUUCAGCAAAGUUCUAUUGGUGGUGCUGCGUUGUGGUGCAUUGGCUUUCAGAAAAUUCAGGGUCAAGGGAUAACAAUCUUAGGAGAUCUUGUUCUAAAAGACAAAAUCUUUGUUUAUGAUAUUGCUAAUCAACGGAUUGGAUGGGCUAAUUAUGACUGCUCAAUGUCAGUAAAUGUGUCUACUGCCAUAGAUACUGGCAAAAGCGAAUUUGUCAAUGCUGGGACACUGAGCAAUAACGGUUCACCAAAAAACAUGCCUCACAAACUGACACCGGUGACUAUGAUGUCAUUCCUUCUACAUAUGCUAUUGCUCAGCUGUUACAUGUUUUUGUAGCAUACCGUUCUUUCCUUCACUGUAACGUGCUCUUUCUGGUUUAUAUUUACAGCAACCGGCAGGGCCAUGUAGUAUUUCUAUUUUGGUUGCCGCCAGUUGUUGCCUGGUGUGCAAUUGGUUUGUGAGUGCCUUUUCAUCCAAUCAUACAUCGUCGGCCGUUGGCCAUGUACACUGAUACUUUCAUGAUUCAUCCAGUAGCAGUCUCGCUCCAUUGGGAGCGCUGUAAAUUUACCUCAUAUAUAGGAUUGUUGAUCUAACAGCAGAAUUAAUUUAUACGAAAUGUCUUACUUUCA